GACAAUUCUUCAGAUGAUUUACCCGAAGCUGAGGUAAGUGAGGAAACCAAGAAAACUUUACCGGAAACUGAGAUAAAAAUCAAGAUAUUAGAAGAUACAAAAGCCAAUGAUAGUAAAGCACAAUCUUUAAUUACUGUUUUAUCCGACGAUGAGCCAGAAAAUUUCUCUGAUGACGAAGAAUUCACCAAUGAUAACGAAGAAGAUGGGAGUUUCUGUGGUUUCACUGAUGACGAUGAUGAAGGUUAUUAUUAUGAUUUAAAUACCGGCGAAACUUAUACAAAAUCAGAACAUC